CACCGAAAUGCUUCAAUCCAAUAGAGGCUAGACUGUCACGCAAGUCUCAUCGUAGGAAAUGAAAUAACACAACGGAUUCCUGAGGAAGCCGGAGUACAGUAAGAAUAAAUGUUGUGUUGUUGCCGAGGCCUCUUUUGUCACAGCAGGAUACAUCAUAAGUUACAGCCUUGUUCCUCUGCUGUGUGUAAUUGAAACAAGAAAGUACCUCUUCUCUGCUGCGUAUUGGCACUAAGCUACAGAAGACCGCCAUCAAAAUAAGUUGACUUGUGUGGAAGAUUGAGACUUUUUUGCAUGAAGAAACUGAAUAGUAUUUCUGAAUUCAUUUGCAGACUGCAAAAUCAUAAGGACAAUAAGGUGCCCUUCCUCCUUUCCUAAAAGAUCUGCAUACAGAAAGCAAGCAAACAAAAGUCUGCAUAAACAUUGGAUAAACAGUUCAUUGAUGUAAAAAUCCGUUAAUAAAUCUCUGUGGAGUGACUGUGAUAUUUCUUUCUCAACUCCAUUGGCAGCUAGUUACACUGAAGUAACUUCUUGCUGAAACUGAACCUUGUACAGCAUCACGUUUCUCAUUGUAUAAAGUCUUCACAAAACCAGCAACAUAUCCAUGAAUAAAUGACAUUAAGAACAUAUGAAUGCUCAAGUCACUUGGUACAAAGACUUCUAUAAUUUUUUUUCAGCAUAGAAACUAAUCAUUACCAUACUCACAGGGUUACUGUUGAGAGCAGUUUAAAGCUUAUUCCAUAGGCUGCUGUUAAAAGUGACUCCAGCAGCUUUGAGUAUUUUUUCCAAUCAUAAAGAAGCUUGGAAUUUAGUGCUGUUGAUUUUCCUUUUUGUGUGUAAGGAUUUGUAAUCAUUUGCAAUGCCGGAGUUAUUACUACUGUGCAUCAUCCUGCUUCUGCUGUUGAUCCUACUUGUAACUCUUAUGGGGUUUGCACUCUACUCUGGAUUGGGAGCUAAGAUCACAGUAGGGACUGGCAGCCCUCCCAUUCGGAAUAUUACUUUGGCGUACAAGUUUAAACAAGGGCCCUACAAGAACUGUGGUGCUCUGUUUACAGAGAGCUGCAGUAUUGGACCAAAACUUCGUUCCAUAGGAGUGUUCUAUGAUGACCCUAAGCAGGUUGCUCCAGAGAAGUGCCGGUACAUUGUUGGCAGUAUACUCUGUGAGGGUGAGGAGAAGCCUUCAGAUGAGCUAAUUCAACUUUACCAGAAGUUUGGUUACAAGAUUUUCUCCUUCCCAGAGAUUUCUGUUGCUGUGACUACCACAUUCCCAUUUACAACCUUCCUAUCCAUCUUCCUCGCUGUCCGUUGGGUCUAUGGUGCUCUAGCAGCUUACAUUGAGGUAGGGAAUCUUUCUUCUGAACUAAAAUAA